GUUGCCGUGGGCUACAGACAGCAGAGCCUCGUGUCGUGUCGUGUCGUGUGUGCUGUGUUAUUGUCCUGUGUUUUGGGAUAAUCUAUAUCAAUAUCUUUGCGUUGCACCAGCCAGAUCAUGAGUAGACCUAUACCAGAGCAAGAAGUCCUGGCUGGAGAGACUGCUCAAACGUCGUGCAAGAAGAGCGCUUCUCUGGAGGGAGACCGGGCAAAUGUGUAUCUACUCAUGUUCCUGUACCUGCUACAAGGUAUACCAUUGGGUCUAGGGGAUGCUGUACCUAUGAUCCUACAGAGUAAAGGUGUCAGUUACAAUGAUCAGGCAAUCUUCAGUAUAAACACAUGGCCGUUCAGCGUGAAACUCCUUUGGGCCCCAAUAGUGGACGCUGUUUACUCCAACAGAUUUGGUCGACGGAAAUCUUGGCUGGUUCCUACUCAGUUCCUCAUCGGUAUCUCAAUGCUGUGUCUCUCGUAUCGCGCUGAUUCCUGGAUAGACGAUCCUGCAGGACCUCGUAUAAUUCUCCUCACAGUGUUCUUCUUGGUGCUGACGGCUCUGGCAGCCAAUCAGGAUGUGGCACUGGAUGGUUGGGCUCUCACUAUGCUCAAGAGGGAAAACAUCGGUUACGCGGCUACUUGCGGCAGUGUAGGGCAGACGGCCGGUAUAUUCUUGGGCUUCUUCGUCUUCUUGUCUCUGGAGUCUGCAGACUUCUGUAACGCCUACCUGCGGUCCGAGCCUCUGCCUUAUGGCGUCCUCACUCUCUCCAGUUUCCUGCACUACUUCGGCUGGGUGUUCCUAACGACAACGACCCUUGUGAUGCUGUUCAAGAGCGAAGGGACGCCGCCCGCUGACGAAGAGCCGACCAUGGGAAUUCUGGAGACUUACAAGAAACUGAUACAGAUCAUGCGUCUCCCAGCAAUGAAAUCAUUUUUAAUAUUCCUGCUAACAAUGAAUGUCAGUUUCAGUGCAUGUGACUCCAUCUCUUGGCUCAAGCUGGUGAAAGCGGGCCUAAACAGGGAGAAGUUUUCGCUGGCCACAACAAUUAUCAUCCCUAUUAAACUUUCAAUGCUUCUUUUCUUCAGCAAACGCAUGACAAGCGAAAAAUCGAUGGAGGUCUUCACAAAAAUGUACCCAUUCAGAUUAGCUUUCAACUUGGUUGUAUCUGCCUUCAUCUGGGCAGCUCCCCUGAUGCUCGUAGGACAACACGUUCCUCUCUAUUUCUAUGGUUUACUGAUAUUUAUCUAUGGAUGUCCUCAGAUGGCUUCGUACUUCAUGAAGGCGACGAGGAUAGCAUUCUAUGCCCGUACGAGUGACCCGACCCUAGGAAGUACCUACAUGACACUCCUGGCUACUUUGUCCAAUCUGGGAAUGGCUUGGCCUCAUUCACUGGUCCUUCUUCUGGUGGAUCCACUCACAUUCAGUCAGUGCUCCACCGAUCCUGAAAACACUUGCUCUAAUUCAAAAUGGGCAAUGGAAUGUUCUGGGGAAUGUGAGACGUAUGUGGACGGUUACUACGUGCUGAUUGCUAUAUGUACGAUGUUUGGACUCCUGUGGCUGAGGUGGGCGAUCCCUACUGUCAGGGAACUGCAGAAAAAAGAUCCCCAGGCGUGGAAAGUCUGAUUUCGGCGUCAGGAGAAGUCAGAAAAUUCGCAGUUUUUAUAAGCAAAUAAAAUUCUGUCUACAGAUACAAAAUGUAAUCGAUAAUUAAUGAAAUCAAUGUGUAUGAUAGGCUACUGCAAGCUGUGACGCGUAUUAACUUUGUAUCGCUUUUACAGUAGAUUACAGCACAAUACUGUAAAUUAAAGUAUGUCUGAAAUGAGCGCUAGAGCUGCCAUCUGUGGAGUGAAUGGUCAAGUAGCAAAUACUUGAACGGUAAUAAUCUAUGUUCCGUGGCGCGCCCUAUCGUAGGACGUCACAAUUCACUGAAAAAACCUCUUAGAUCUUAGCAAAUCACGAUCGUAUAAAUUGUAUAUCUGUAAAACUAGUACUGCAAUCAAAAUCAUUACAUUGCGCUGGUGUGUAAUUAAAAAAACAUUAAUAAUAACAUUAAUAAUGGUUGCUACUAUUUUUAAUUUUUUCUGAUGAAUUAUUAAGAACAAUUCUUAAGAACCCAACAUACUUCUACAACGAGCUUUAUGCCUAGUAUAAAAAAUCCCUUGUUAUUAGUGCUCUUUUGCAUUUUUCUCUUCACCACACAAGUAAUAGUAGUAUCGUGAUAAUGACGCACAAUUGAGAGUUAGUACUAUUAAAGAAACAUCUAUAAAAGAAAGACAAGUGUUUUUUAUUAAACUUAGUUCCUGUUGUAGACCGCUAGAUGAAUGGAUGAUUUGUUUGUGUUACAUGUAAGGUAUAAAUAAGAAUAUUAUUUUGCUUAAAAUUAAUUUAAUGUGUUACUUUGUAAUAAAAGUUCCAUGAAUCUAUUCCAAGAUAGAAUUUUCUCUAUGUAACUCUGUAAUUGAUAUUUAAAUAUAGUGCUUUUCCCUAGGUACAUUUUUUUAAAUCUUCACCUCUUUUCUUUACGAUUUACCAUAUUUAUAUAAGUUAAUAUCUUUAUAUCAAGGAUAGUUAUGGUAUAAUAAUAUUACUCCUUUUGUGAUACGUGUGUAUUUUACAAACUCCUAGAAUGUAUAGUAGUCCUUUCAUGUAGGGUUGCAAUGUACAUUUAAAAAUAUAGUUUUUUCCAUUUUUACA